CCGCCAAUCCCCCCCUCAUCCCUCAUCCCUCAUCCCUCAUCCACUCACUUCCACCUCUCAUGCCACCCAAGGCCAUCACCUCUUACUUCAAGCCCGCCGCGCCGGCGGCCGCGCCCCUCUCCUCCACGCGCAGAACCAAAGCCACUCUGUCCAAUGCAGCGCGCGCCGCCAUCCUCUCAAGUGCCGACGCGGAACCAUCCCCGUCUAAACGUGCCAAACUGUCCACCGCCGCCCCAGUGGAUGGGACCAGUCUUGCGCGUGCCGAGUCUCGCGAUGAUCUGCGCAAGGUGCUCGAGGCCCACCCGGGAACAGCCAAGUUGCUGCAACUCGAGCUCGACACGCUCGGCGAGGACUGGCUGCUCGCGCUCCAGGACGAGCUCACCAAGCCAUACUUUCUCAAGCUCAAGCAAUAUGUCAUGUCUGAGCAGGAAACGAAAAAGGUCUUCCCACCUGCUGAGGACAUCUAUUCGUGGUCGCGGUUGUGCCCACUCAAGGACGUUCGCAUCAUUGUUGUUGGCCAAGACCCUUACCAUGACGAUGGCCAGGCGCAUGGCCUCGCCUUCUCUGUCAAGAAGGGUGUCAAGAUCCCCCCCUCGCUUAGAAACAUCUACAAGCAAAUGGCCACCGAGGUGCCCGGCUUCGUCACACCAACGCACGGCGACCUCACCGAGUGGGCAAAGCACGGUGUGCUCCUGCUUAACACAUCGCUCACGGUUCGCGCGCACCAGGCGGGCUCGCACGCCAACCAAGGCUGGGAACAGUUCACCGCAGCUGUGCUCCGAGUAGUAACUGAUCGCCUUGCAAGCGCGGACGAGACGCCAGGCGCCAACGGCGUUGUCAUCAUGGCAUGGGGCGCGCACGCAGCCAAGAUGAUCGCAGGGCUCAACACGAAACGCCACCAUGUGCUCAAGUCUGCCCAUCCUAGUCCUCUUUCUGCAAGCCGCGGGUUCUUUGGAAACAAUCACUUUACCAAGGCCAACGAGUGGCUGCAGGAGCGGUACACUGUCGAGGGCGUCAUUGACUGGAAGAGCUUGGGGGCGUAGGUGUGUUCGUGUAUGUGUUUCGGUCUUCUUUUUGUGAAACGAUCUUGAUGCCAUGUUUGUGAUAGUGA